CCCCGAUGAGGGGUAACGUGUGCCUGUGUCUCCACCCCAUGUCCUGCUCCAACCAGAAGUUUGGGGAGUGGGCGUCGUCUCCAUUCCUGCCCCACUGCGUGUGCGUGCGUGUGCGCAUGCGUGCGUGCGUCCCUGCCCUGGCAUCUGUCUUCUAUCUCUCAGCCCCACUGGCCUGGGCCUCAUGUCACUCGCCUGGUGUUGUCUGCUCGCGAAAGAUGUCACCCAGAGGCAGGCAAAGGGGACGUUUUGCCUGUGCUCAUCGCUUCCAGGAGAGGAAAAGGGGUGGCCUUUCCCACGGGGGUAGCCCGUGGCGAUGUGGCAGCCAGGCCUCACCCAGGCAGGGUUGCAUGACCCCCGAGUGGGGGGAGGAAGGCUGUUGCCAUGGUGGCCUAUGCGAGGCAAAUUCCUCCAGGGUGAAGUGGGAGAUAUUUAUACCCAGGGUCAGGCAGAGAGCGGGCCAGCGGCCGAGGGUAGGAGAGCUGGGAUAUUACGGACACAGCAAGGCCGUGGUGUGCAGGCAGGUGGGCCCUUGGAUGUGUCCUGGCUGUCUUGUCCCCGGCAGUGUGUCUGUCUCUCCACCUGGGUGAGGUGAGACAUCCUGCUUUCCCCCGCCAAGGACAAUGGCAUCUCUCAGCCACAUCUUGGUUCUUUGUGUGGGUCUCCUCGCCAUGAUCAACGCAGAAUCGCCACAGGAACACGACCCGUUCACCUAUGACUACAAAUCCCUGCGAAUCGGAGGCCUCAUCAUCGCCGGGAUCCUCUUCAUUCUGGGCAUACUCAUCGUCUUGAGCAGAAGAUGCCGGUGCAAAUUCAACCAGCAGCAGAGGACUGGGGAACCUGAUGAAGAGGAGGGAACUUUCCGCAGCUCAAUCCGCCGUCUGUCCACCCGCAGGCGGUAGAGACACCUGGUGCGAUGGAACCCAGCCAGGAUUCCCCUGGCACCUGACGCCUCCCACCCACCUUCCGUGCGCCCACCGCCACCUGGAGUGCCCUCUUCCCCUGCCCUGCCCCCACAGACUCCUCUCUGCCGCUCAGAUUUCCAAUAAAACGUGCUUUUAUCUCUUGA